AAUACAUAAUUAUUACGAAUAUUGUGCUCUGAAAAAAUUAAUUUAAUUUUAACAAGAGUAAAUUAAUGCUAUAGAAACUGAAAAAUUGGGCCGGUUAUGAUAUAGAAUAUACAAAAAAAAAAUUAAAAUAAAAAUUUCAAUGAUGACUUCAAAAAUAAUUUGUGAAAAAAUUCUGAAAUUUAUCGUGGAAUGAUCAAGAGAAGGUGAACAUAAAUGAUUACCAUUAAUAAGAAUAAGCCGAAGACGGUUUUAUUUUCUGAUAAUGAAAGCAUUUCAAGCAGUAAAAUAAUUAAAAUAAAAAGUAUAAACAAGCUGUCAAAGUGCUCUUUAAAAAAGAGUGAACCUUUGUUCUUUAUAAUAAUGCGACUUAAUUUAAAGGCUGUGUUACUGUGCUUGUGCUUAACAGUAUUUUUAAUUACAAUAUCAGUAUACAUGAGAUGUUCAGAUUUUGGUUUAUCAAAUGGAUUUGUUCCACAUUUACGAAAUUCAUUAUAUGGGAGUGAAUCAGCUUCGUUGGUGGAUAGUAACACAAACAUUGAAAAUAUCGAAUGUGUUAUUAAUCAGGACUACGCUAUAAAAUGCAAAAGAGAUGUUAAUGACGUUUAUAUUCCAUUUUCAUUUAUAAAAAACUAUUUUGAAGUUUUUGGUACCUUAAUUAGUGAACCUUCACAGCCUACAAAUGAAAACGGUGUAGAUCAUAUCCUUUUAGUAAAUAAAUUUAUGUGGUCUCACACUAACUCAAAAAUAAAUAUUCCAAAAGGAAAAUACGAUCCCAAAGGAGUAUACAUGUAUUUUGAAAACUAUAACGUCGAAGUACGCGAUCGAGUGAAAUGCGUAAGUGCAGCUGAAGGUGUUCCGGUUAGUACUCAAUGGGAAAAACGUGGAUAUUUUUAUCCGACACAGAUAGCUCAGUUUGGCCUAUCGCAUUACAGCAAAAACUUAACUGAUCCAGAACCUAGAAGAAAGGUUCUUGAAGAUGCAGACGCAAAUCAAAUGGAAUGGACCAUUCCAUCAUCCAGUAAUCUCACAAGAAUUUGGCAUUCUAAACUUAAUACGACUGUUGUUAAUUUUUUAACAUCAAAUUAUUAUGAUAGUUCAAUUAGUUACAAUAUGGAUCAUAUAUCAGAUUUAGUAUUAAGCAUGGAUAUAUAUUUAAUGACAAAUAGUAGUAGUUUAAUGGUUACAUUACAAAAUCGAGAAACUAAACGUACAUUUAAUUUAUAUUACAUUGUUGCUGACCUUUUGAUUAGUGUACAAGGCGAAAAUAUUUAUUAUGGGCUAGGUUCAAAUUGUGUCAAUCAAUGGAAACAUAUAACACGAGAUUUAGUAAUUGAUGUACAAAAAGGAUUUAUAGGCGUAGAAAAGAAAAUGAAAAUUCGUAGAAAUGAAUUAAAAUUAACAAAAAUUUCAAUUUUGGGUGCAGGAUUUUUUGAUAAUCUCACAUUAUCAACAAGUGACCAUAUAGCAAAUUUUUAUGAUGCUGCAGAAUGGUUUGUCAACCAUCAAGACAAAAAAAGCGGAGGUUGGAUUAAUCCAGUUCGAAGAAGUUUAUCAGGUUUUCAAGAACUAAAACCUGGUUGGUUAUCAGCUAUGGGGCAAGGUCAUGCUAUAUCAGUUUUAGCAAGAGCAUACUAUCAUUCUGGUGGAGAUAAAAAAUAUCUUAAAGCCGCAUUAACUGGAUUGAAGCCGUUUCGUGUACUCUCAAGAGAUGGUGGAGUUUUAGCAAAAUUUAUGGGUCAAUUAGAUUGGUAUGAAGAAUAUCCCACUACGCCACCUUCAUUUGUUUUAAACGGGUUCAUUUAUUCACUGUUAGGACUGUAUGACUUAAAUUGUACGGCUCCUGGUAUAGUAUCCAAUAACGCUGGUAAAUUGUUCAGGCAAGGCAUGAUUUCAUUAAAGAAACUCCUGUUGCUGUAUGACACUGGAUCUGGCACAAGUUACGAUCUGCGACAUUUUACUUUAGGUCAAUCACCAAAUAUCGCAAGAUGGGACUAUCAUGCUACACACGUCAAUCAACUUUUACUGCUAGCAACAAUAGACAAUUCUCCAAUAAUAUCAUUGACUGCGGAAAGAUGGAAAAGUUAUAUGUUUGGUAAAAGAGCUAAACAUAAUUAGCGCCUUAAUAAUUGCAAUUUAACAUUAUGUUAUUUAAAUGCAGAGUGUUUUCUAUUUUUGUUUCGCUUUCUAAAUCCAAAAUGCAAACAACAAAAAAAAAAGUGUAACAAUUGAAAAAAGCGGUUUAAAAAGAUUCUUCAAAAUUAUUUUACACGGCACCUCUGGCGUUGUAAAGAAAAAUUCAAGAGUUGAAUUAAUCUCGCUUGAAUGUAAGUGGGCUCGUUUUGCCUUAGAUUUUCUUGAAAAUAUAGUUAUUUAUUUGUUUACAAGAGUCUAUGAAACAUUUUUUAAACAUACUUUAACUAAUGAAUAUGCGAAUGACUACAAUAUUUUUCGUAUAUAUUAUUUGAUUUCAUAAACUAAUGAAGUACCUUAGAUCUCUGUAUCUAAAAAUGAAAUAACCCAUAUAAUGAAUUGUGUUAAUGAAUAAAUAUAAUUGGUAUACUAUACAAUUCACUUGUGUCGUGUAAUUAUAAUCAAUAUAAUUAUAUUGUUAAUUUAAAUAACUAAUAUAUCUUUCAAAAACAACAUAUACGUAAGUAGAAUUAAAAAUGAAAUAAAUGACACUUUUAUUAAUUUUGUCAAUUAGUUAUGUUUUUUAAUAAAUUUUCCGGCUUAGUCUUUUUUAUGAACUUUUGUAAAUUACAAAAUAUAUAUAUUUAUAUUUAAUCUCACUUUUAAUUUUGUAAACAUUUUUCGAAGACCGUAAUUAAACUUAAUUUAAUUUUUUGAAAAUCGUAAUUUGAUUGGAAAAAUAAAAGAAAAUAACAAAUUCUUAAACCAUUUUCUAAUCAUGAUCUAUAAAAAUUAACAAUUUCUUUAGUUUAUCUAUUUAUAAGGUAAAUGGUAUAUAAAGAUAAGUUAAAAAAUGUUGCAUAAAAAUACUGAUAUAUCAAUUUUUUAUACAUAGUGUGUUAAUCAGUAUAAUGCUAGAUCGUAAUAUUUAUAUCAAUUUGAAUAGUAAAACAAAAUUAUAAAUUUAGGUGAAGCUAAUUUUAAAAAACUAAUAUUAGGAUUAAAUAAUUGUAAAGUAAAUAAAUUUUUGCUUUAUCUAAAGCAAAGCUAUUUACCUUUAAAAUGUAAAAUUGUACCUUGUAAAUCUGUAUAACAUAAUAUCAUAAAUAAUAUACUUAAUAAUUUUAUAUCAUAUCUUAAAAUAUAAUGCUUUGUAUAAAAAAAAUAUUUUAAAAAUCCUGCCUUGUACUGGGACUUUAUGAUAUAACUUAGUACGUACAACUAUUUGUAAAUAAGUAGACUAAGUUUCGACAAAUAAAUAAAAGGGGAAAAAUUUUCUUGUAUUAAAAUAAUCAACACUAUUAAUUUCUGUUGUUAAGUCUUUUUAUCAUAAAAAAAAAUAAAAGAAAAUGGGUUACUUAAAAUUAGAAAUAUUAACUGAAAAUAACUUUUUUUUAUAAUUUAAAACUUUAAUUGAAAAUAUAAUAAUGUAGUCAAUUAUAAACAAGAUUUGAUAAGGUUAUUUGGUGUUUUUAUUACACGUUAUUUUUAAUCAUCUGCCAUGACUAAUUCCUAAUAAGUUAAAUUGUUUUAAAUUUAAA